CACCGGACAUAUUCAGAGGAUUCUGUGAGUUCAUUUUCACACCGGAGCUCCGUGAGAUUUUGAGUCGCUGUUCAAUACGUCGAUUAGCGUCACCUCUACAGGGGCGAGUGGACUGGUGAUAUUUAUAUAUACUUUAUAUAUAUCUAAAAUCUCAUAAGACAAUUCUUAAUAAGGCAAUCAGCAUGCUUCAAUCAACCGGUAGAUUCCUGCUCUGCGCUUUUCUUGCUACAAUAAUUUCUCCAAUUGUAGCAGACUAUGUAAUCGAUGUGAAGUUGAUCAAGUUUGAAAAUUACAACCGUUUACUUGCAAAUGGGCGCACAUGCUCCAAUUUCGGAAGUCAACAAUGUCAAACAACUCUUGAAGUUUGUGCUAGACCUGGUGAUAGCUCAACAUUGUGUAGUUAUGGUAACACUAAAACAGGAGUUAUCGGUGAUAAUGUCAUUGAUUUGAAUAAGACAUUUAUCGGUUUCACACGUAAUCCGAUCACGUACCUGGUUACACAGCCCUUUCAGAGCUAUUGCAGCCAAGACUACUAUGGUCCAAACUGUGCCAUCAGGUGUUAUAUUCCCAUCAGCGAGCAAACGAGGUUUCAGUGUGGUCCUAACGGUGAAAAGGUCUGCAAGCCUGGUUUCACUGGUUCAUUCUGCAAUGCCGAUGGAAUUCGUAAUACUCGCGAAACUAUCAAUGUCUAUUUUAUUUUAGCUAUAACGAUGUUGUUAAUUGAAUCCAUUUCAUAG